AUGGCAAAACCUCUUGUUCUGGUGACUGGUGCUUCUGGAUUUUUGGCCUCUCACAUCAUACCUUUGCUCCUGGCUGAGGGAUACGCUGUUCGCAGGACUGCACGCCCAGGCAAGAUAGAAUCCCUCCGGGCUGCGCCUGUCGCCGACAACCCGGACUUCUCGCUAGUGCAGAUAGAUGACAUCGCGAUGUCGGACCUUUCCGGCGCUCUGAAAGAUGUCGACUACAUCAUCCAUACUGCUUCACCCUUGGCGGGAAAGGCUUCUCCCCAAGAAUCUCUUCAGGAAUGGGACGUUGAAUGUGCUCGCUUCUGCUCUAAAGGCCGGAAUAUCAAAGAUGUCCUGACGAGCAGCUGGGGGACUACCCUAGAUCCAUCUCUGGAGAAGACAUAUCAAGGAGUUGUUUUUAGUGAGAAAGAUUGGGGUAGUGUGACGGAGGAAGAAUUUCUUAGCGGCGGUCACAAUCCGCUGUGGAUUUAUCUCGCUGCCAAGACUCUAGCUGAGAAAAUGGCGUGGAAAUUUGCCCAGGAGAACCCGACAUUGGAUCUAGCGACUAUCAAUCCUCCAUUCAUAGAUGGUCCAGUCAACGCACAGUUCCCCCCUGUAGCACCUGACAGGCUAGGUGCAAACAGAAUGAUUUAUAGUUUGAUAUCCGGCGAAUCUGGACGCCCUCUACCUGUCCAACUUCCCCCUUUCUACUGUGAUGUUCGUGACGUGGCACGAGCCCAUGUCAAGGCGCUUACCCUUAAUCGUUUUGAACCCCCGGAGAAGAAGAGAUUUCUCGUGUCAGGAGGUCACUUUACAUGGAAGGAGGCUGUGGAGUAUCUUGAGAAGAGCCGGCCUGACUUGAAGUCGCGGCUACCUUCCGUCACUGGCAGUUCAUCCGAGCUUCCCGGAAAGUUAUCAUCGAUCGACGUGACUCGAGCUCGGGACAUUUUACACAUGGAAGAAUAUAUCGGAUGGGAGAGUACCAUUGGUGACACCAUCUCUUCACUUCUUAUCGCAGAAGAGAUGUGGGCGCAGAACUAG